AUGACGCGAAUGGUGUUUGGGCCUUGGGACUUUGUCAUUAUGACAUUGACUAUGAUCACGUCCAUCGGCAUUGGUAUAUAUUUUAGAUUUAGUGGAGGGAAGCAGAAGACAAACGAGGAAUACCUCAUGGCCAAUCGUAAUAUGUCAAUAUUUCCAGUCGCUGUAUCAUUGAUGGCAUCAUUUGUAUCAGCCAUUACCAUAUUAGGGAUAUCGUCUGAAAAUUACUAUAAUGGCAUGCAAUUUGUUGUUAUAAACAUAUCUUACUUUUUGGCGACUCCGAUAGCUUCUAGAUAUUAUUUGCCGGUGUUUUUCGGCCUGCAGAAGACAAGUACUUAUGAAUAUUUGGAAUUAAGAUUUGGACCGCGUAUACGCACGUUGGCGUCUUUAACGUACACACUUCAGAUGAUACUUUAUAAUGGAAUUGUGUUGUAUGCCCCAGCGAUAGUUCUAGAGUCAGUGACGGGUCUGAAUAGAGUAAUCUCAAUACUAGUGGUGGGACUUGUAUGCACGUUUUAUUCGACCAUAGGAGGUAUGAAGGCUGUUCUCUUUACGGAUUUGCUGCAAUCGUUUCUGAUGUUUGCAUCUGUGGUCAGCGUGUUAAUAUUUGCAUCCAUACAAGUUGGAGGUUUGGGAAAUAUAUUUGCAGUAGCUAAAGAAGGGGGGCGUUUGGAUUUUUCACAUGUAAGCUUGGACCCGACAGAACGGCAUACAUGGUGGUCCCUCAUCAUUGGUGGUUUUAUUAUGUAUCUAUCUUUAUAUGCUGUUAAUCAUACGCAAAUUCAACGUCUGUUAACGGUUAGUACAUUGGCCCGUUCCCAGCAAUGUAUGUGGUGGAGUUUGCCUGUAUUGUCUAUCCUAAGUAUAGUGACUUGUAUGAGCGGACUCGCGAUAUAUGCGGUGUACAAGGAUUGUGAUCCGUAUGCUGCUGGAUAUAUCGCAGCUAUAGACCAGCUGAUGCCGUACUACGUGGUAGAUGCGAUGCGUUUAGUGCCAGGUCUGGCAGGACUUUUCGUGGCGGGAAUCUUCAGCGCUUCUCUUUCCACGAUUUCGGCCUCUUGCAACGCCUUGGCUGCUGUUACUCUCACAGACUACGUCAGCAGAUGGUGCAAAAUUAAUGACUUGUACAUACCGUGGCUGACUAAAAUCGCGGCGUGUGGAUAUGGCUUGAUGUUUCUGGCUCUAGCCUUUUUAGCUGAGUAUUUGGGAGGCGUUCUCCAAGCCGCGUUAACGAUAUUCAGUGCUGUUGGUGGACCAUUGUUCGGCGUUUUUACUCUUGGAAUGUUUACUACGUAUGCUACGGAGAUGGGUGUAUCGCUAUCUCUACUUAGUGGCAUGUCUCUCACUCUAUUGAUGAAUUUUGGCGGGCCGCGACCUCCGCUUGUAAAAUUACCUCUUAGUGUGGGUAAUUGUCCGGGAAAUGUGACACUCACACCAACACCCACUGUCGACCCAAGUGAAUACUUCUACUUGUAUAGGAUCUCAUACAUGUGGUCAAGUCCGAUUGGCUUCGUAUGGGUGCUCGUAGUGGGUUCUAUAAUAUCGCUGGCAUCGCGUCAACCUCAACCGUGGCAUCGAGCAGGAAAGCGCCAUCCUGAUCCAAAGCUCUUUACUCCACCACUAGCUAAGUGGUUAAGGCGUAAAUACCAAGAAGGCCAGAGCGUUGAGGUACACCUUAUCAACGCCGAAUAUAAAUAG